AUGCCUUUUACCAACGAUCUCACGAUCAGACGUGAAUGCUUCCACGCUUGCCACAAGUGCAACAAACACAUUCGAGAAAGUCAUCCCAGCGGACCUGUCCUCGCGAAAUAUGGGUAUCCGAGGGAACCUACAGCAUGCCCUCCCUUUCUGGACUUGGGAGCAAAUCUACGUCGGUGCAAAUCUUGCGGGCUUGCCUACUAUUGCAGUAAAGAGUGCCAGAAACAAGACUGGUCAGCACACAAGUUCCUCUGCCGUGGCUCUGCGGCAGAAAACAGGGACUUGCUCGAAAAUCACGGAAAAGAAAUGGUCGAGCGCAACAUCUCAUUCAAGAAGUUCUGCGACCGGAAUAGGAUCACGCUCAACUACAUCGGCAUGCUCGCCUUGCGAAACGGAGCGCCAGGGAGUCUAGUCGGUACCCAUGCCUUCGUCGUAAUACUCGACACCACUAUUGAAGGCGCCGAUUCAACCUCCGCCAUUGCAACAUCUUCUUCACAGUCUCCGAAGCGGCCCAUAUUCCAUCACAAGCUCCGUAGCGCAGGCCCCGUACCGAUCGACUUAGCCUUCGAGAAAUACAUGCCAUGGCAUGACGAGGAAGGUCGCACCGUCCUCAAGAACAUCGGGCUAAUCAAUAUCCUCGCAGAGCGUGAUUUCCAGGUUCUUCAGGUUCUUAUCGUCGACGAUGGUCUUCCACCACCCGCGUCGACUCAACUUCGUCCUGCCUCGAUCAAACCAGAAUUCACGGCUCGCUCGCGUCGCGAGUUUCUCGAGGAAGGGGUUUGGCGGACUAUAUCGGAAAGUAUGAUCAAUGCAGAUGAUGAACGCGCUGGAGAAGCGAAGACAGGAGGACGCGAAGUCGAUGGCUUUUGA